UAAAUAUUUCUACAAAACCAAAAAUUGACACGAAAAGUGGUGAAUAAGGAGGAGGAACAGCAGCAGCAACAACAACAACAAGAGCAGGAGGAGGCGGAGUCGUACGGGAAUUACUGUUUUUUGAUCUGAUCUGAUCAAUUGUCAUGUGCAAAAUCAACCAAGUGAAACGGAAAUUAAUUUUCAUUAAAAACAACCCAUAGACAGAGCGAAAGAAUUGAGCACCACGAGAGCGUGUGGGUGUGAGAGGCGAGCCCCAGAGAGCGGCAGAGAGAGAGAGAGCUUGAGAGAUUACGGGAUCAAGUACAGUUCAAGCUAAGCAGAAAGCCCUACGAGAGACAAUGAUAAGGCAAAGAGAGGAGCUAGAGAAGAUUUGCAAAUUUUUAUAGAUAUUUUCUUGAGAGUGUUGUUGUUGUUAUUGUUGGCAAGGCCUAAUAAAUAAUUAAUUAAGCAAACGCAACGCUCUCUUGCACAUGCGUUCAUCAUCAUCAACGUAUCCCUACGACGAGGAGGUGCCGUUAAAACCGCCGCGACGUAAGCACCACCACCAACAACAACAACAACAGCAACAACAACAACAGGAACAACUGAAACUAAUAGCAGCCGCUGGCAGAGAAACAGAGACAGAAGAGGAGAACGAACAUCUAUUGCCGCCCCAGACGACUCCCCAAUCCGCUGCUGCUGCUGCUGCUAACGCUGCCGCCGCCGCUGCUGACAUGUACUCAAAUCUUCGUUAUGCUCGCACAAAUCUCAGCCAUAGCAGCCUCUUGUUGAACCAACAACAAAACUCUUUUGAUGGCAGCAGCGCACCCGCCUCAAUAGCCGAGCGCACUGAGAGCAGUGAGACGCUCGAUGUGCCAUUGAAUUUCGCGAGAAGGGGCCACCAACAUCACAAUAAUACUCCCACAACAGCCGCCACACGUCUAUUGUCGCGCAGCAGCGGCGGAGGCGGCAGCAGCACCACAUUUCAUCAGCAUCAACAGCAGCAGCAACAGCAUCAGCCCUCGGCCCUGGCCAGUGCGUUGCAUGCCACAGCCAAGUUAGCUGCCAGCGUUGAUGCUUAUGCGGCAGCAGCCACUGCACAAGCAGCCGCAGCAGAUUAUAGUCUAUGUGAUUCGUGUCGCCCGUUACGUUAUAGCCACCAACACUAUCACGGUCAUAGUCACAGCAAUCUCAGUCGAACCGUGCAUACGGGCCAUAUCGGUUCGUCGCGCUAUCUUGGCCAUAAUUUCAAUUCGAAUUCACCGCAAGCGGGCUCGAGACGGUUCAACGGGCAUUCAGUACAAAUUCCAUUGCCACAGCCAACAGCAGUAGUAGCCACACCACCUCAACUACCAUCUCAGCCACCAGUUAUAUCCAUAGCACAGCAAUCAGUAUCGUCAUCGGGCGGUGGAUAUCCACCCUAUCAUUUACGUCACCAACAAUACCAUCAACAACAACAGCAACAACAAAAUCAAGUAUCCCGUUUUCAGCCCCGUCAUCAUCGCACCGGCAGCAGCAGUAUGUCGCAAUCUGGCGAGGAUUUACAUUCACCCACCUAUUUGUCGUGGCGCAAAUUACAAUUGAGCAGAGCCAAGUUGAAGGCCUCCAGCAAAACAUCCGCACUACUCAGUGGUUUUGCCAUGGUGGCCAUGGUGGAGGUGCAGCUGAACAACGAUACCAAAGUCCCAAAUGGAAUGCUCGUCGCCUUUGCCAUUUGCACCACGAUGUUGGUGGCCGUUCACAUGUUGGCCUUAAUGAUCAGUACUUGCAUCUUGCCAAACAUUGAGACAGUUUGCAAUCUGCAUAGCAUCUCGCUGGUCCACGAGUCCCCGCACGAACGUUUGCACUGGUAUAUUGAGACAGCGUGGGCCUUUUCCACGUUAUUGGGUCUGAUACUCUUCCUACUGGAGAUAGCCAUACUCUGUUGGGUGAAAUUCUACGAUCUGAGUCCACCGGCUGCUUGGUCGGCGUGCAUAGUCCUGAUACCCGUAAUGAUUAUAUUUCUGGCCUUUGCCGUGCACUUCUAUCGAUCCCUGGUGACGCACAAGUACGAGGUGACCGUCUCCGGAAUACGUGAACUGGAGAUGCUUAAAGAGCAAAUGGAACAGGAUCACCUGGAGCAUCAUAAUAAUACGCGCAAUAAUGGCUUACAUUAUGGAGCUUCUGGCGAUAUUGUUUAGCAAUAAGAAUUUUUUUUUUUGAUAGCGGGUUGUCAAUUCUUGUAAAUUGCAAUCUUCAUAUGGGAAAAAGACAGCGACAGACUUAAAAUUAUGUAUGUAUCGUCUAAUAUAUAAUACUAUAUAAUAUAUAUAUACGUAUAUUGUAAAUUUUGUAAAUUUGAUGCAAUCAACGAGAUCAAAAAGAGAAAGG